AUCACCAUUUUCUUACACAGACUACUUGUCAAUUGUUGUAUGUGCAAGUGAUGUCUAUAUAUGAUGUGUACAUGAACACAUAUACAUUCACCCUUAUACAUAUAAAGAGUGAUUCAAGGUUAUGGAAAGCUGAAAGCAGAGAAACAUAAAAGUAAGAGAGCUAGCUAGUGAUUAAUAUAUAUAGAUAAAAGAAGAAGCUAUACAGAAAAAUAAGACAUGGGUAGAGGUAGGGUUGAGCUGAAGAGGAUAGAGAACAAAAUCAACCGCCAAGUAACAUUUGCGAAGCGUAGGAGUGGGCUUUUGAAGAAAGCUUAUGAGCUUUCUGUUCUUUGUGAUGCUGAGGUUGCUCUCAUCAUCUUCUCUAAUAGAGGCAAGCUCUAUGAGUUUUGCAGCAGCUCAAGCAUGCUCAAAACCCUUGAAAGGUAUCAGAAGUGCAACUACGGCGCACCAGAGACAAAUGUAUCUGCAAGGGAAGCUCUGCAGGAGGUAGCUAGCCAGCAGGAAUACUUGAAACUGAAGGCACGUUAUGAAGCCCUACAGAGAUCGCAGAGGAAUCUUCUGGGCGAGGAUCUUGGCCCUCUAAACAGCAAGGAGCUGGAGCAGCUAGAGAGGCAGCUUGAUAUGUCACUCAAGCAGAUAAGAUCCACAAGGACACAAUACAUGCUGGACACACUCUCGGAUCUUCAGAGGAAGGAACAUGCACUAAAUGAAGCAAACAGGACCCUGAAACAAAGGUUGAUGGAAGGACAUCAUGUAAGCCCAUUCCAGUGGACACAAGGAAAUGCACAAGAUAUGGGGUAUGGAAGACAGUCUCAUGGUCAACCUCAAGGGGAUGCAUUCUACCAUCCCCUUGUCGACUGCGAACCCACUCUACAAAUGGGAUAUCAGACUCAUGAAGCAAUGAACGCGGCUGCAGCAGCUGCGGCAGCUGGCCCCAGUGUGAAUAAUUACUUGGGAGCAUGGCAGCUGCAAUGAAAUGCUCGCAUCAUCUCCAGAAGAGAGACAGGCAUGCAUGCAAGCAUGCAUUCUUAUAUAAUAAGUUGUUUUUCUUCCUGUUUUCAUUUGUAAUUUAUGCAACUUUCAUCUCUUGUUUUUGCCAGAAGACAUAUAAAUAUGGUUUGUAUAACUAAGAAAACGUUGAUGGAUCAAAGAAACCAUAUAGAGACAACCCUGUGUAGAUGCUUUGUGUUGAAAUCAUAUUAUAUAAAUAUGGUGAAGCAAUCUGCUUUUCUAGCUCUAUAUAAUUAUUCAUCAAGCUAUUUUGUAAUCAAAUUGUAAUAUAAUUAG